CUUGGGGUCUGCUAUAGAAGUUGACCAUCUCGUCCUGUGGCCACAGUCCACUGAGGCUACCACUCAGUAAACAUGAGUCAGUGGAUGCUACAGGGCAUUGUAUUUUUCGUGCUUCUCUGCAACUGCGAUGGACAUACAGAAAGUAAAAGAAGGUUACGCUGGCGACACAGAUUUGUCUCAGCAGAAACAUUCUUUGAUAUGCACGGCGCUGCAGACCCAGUGGUCUCAAUUAGUUCUGCACCGAGGUUCACCCUUCUGGCUCCAGAUCUGCUGAGGACAGACAGCCAGGAGAACAUCUACCUACAGGCAGACGGUCUAUCCAACCCCAUCACUGUCUCCAUCUCUAUCCAGGACUUCAGUAAGACUGCCACACUCCUCCAGGACUCUGUCACACUCAAUGUGGAAAAUGGAUACUACAUUCUCAAAUCCAUACAGCUUCCCUCGAAUCAGUUGAAUCGUGAAGAGAAGAAGAACAAGUUUGUGCAUCUGAAGGUGAACUUUGAGGGCUUCCACUAUGAGGAGAGGGUACUCAUGGUGUCCUUUCACUCUGGAUACAUCUUCAUCCAGACAGACAAACCCAUCUAUAACCCUGGAGACACUGUUCGGUUCAGAGCCUUUGCGUCCUCCCCGUCCUUUAAGGCCCUUGAAAGCACUGUCUCAAUAGAUAUCCAGAAUCCAGACGGUGUGGUGGUUAAACAAAUCUCCACGAGCAGAGCCGUUGGUGGAGUCUUUGCAGACACUUUUCCUCUCUCUGAAAUUGUCAAUGAAGGAACAUGGAUAGUGACGGCAAAGUUUGACCACUGGCAGCAGAACACAUUCACCUCUCAGUUCCAGGUGAAGAAAUAUGUGCUUCCGGCCUUCAAUGUCACCUUGACACCCAGGAAGUCCUUCCUCAGCCUGGAUGACAGUGAAUUGGUAGUAGAUAUCUCGGCCAGGUACCUGUAUGGGGAGCCAGUCCAGGGGACGGCCUACGUGGUGUUUGGAGUGAAGAUCAAUCAAGAGAUGAUAAGGUUGCCUUCAGUGAAGGAGGUGUCAGAUCUGGAUAGAGGAGUUGUCAGACUGAGCAUGGAGGAGAUCAAAAGAGCUUACCCUAACAUUAGAUCUUUGGUGGGCAACUCUGUGUAUGUCAAGGCAUCUGUGCUCACCAAGUCAGGCAGUGAUCUGGUUGAAGCAGAGAAGACUGGCAUUAAAAUCGUCGAGUCGCUUUAUGUGGUAUCCUUCAAAGACAUGCCAAAGUAUUUCAAGCCAGGCCUACCCUUCGACUUCACAGUCCUGGUGAAUCACCAUGAGGGUCCCCCGCCCCGUAACGUCCUGGUCAAGUUGAAUCUACUGCAGAAGCCUGUGGUCGUCCUCUCUGGCAGCGCAAGAGUCACCAUCAACAUGCCCAGCGAUCAACUCCAACAAAUUAUCACUGCUGAGACCGCACAGCCCGACCUGAGACCAGAGCAGCAGGCCAAACAACAGAUCACUGUUCAUCCGUAUGUCACCUUUAACCCGAACCAGCAGAACUACCUUUAUAUCUCCACAGCGACCAACACGGUGUCUCUAGGAGACACACUGUCCCUGAAGCUGAGCAUAAAUACUGCAGACCCGACACACAAAGAUCUCAUUAAACACAUCACCUACCUGGUGCUGAAUAAAGGCAAAAUCAUUGUUGCUGGGCGUGUGGAUCGUGGCAGUCAGGUGUUCACCAGCAUCGGACUCAUAGUCACCCCGGAGAUGAUGCCGUCAUUCCGUUUUGUGGCGUUCUACAGUAUUCCCUGGGUGGGGCGCGAGGAGGUGGUGCCGGACUCCAUCUGGGUGGAUGUGGAAAAUUCCUGUGCUGGAGGGCUGACAGUUGGGCCGGUGGACGGCAUAGGUCGAGAAUACACGCCUGGGAAGAGUUUUAAUUUUAAGGUCAGAGGUGAUCCGGGGGCAAAGGUCAGCCUGGUGGUUGUGGACAACGCUGUGUAUCUGCUCAACAGGGACAGGCUUACACAGAAAAAGAUUUGGGACGUGGUGGAACAAGGAGACAUCGGCUGCACCCGAGGGGGAGGCAGAGAUGCUACUGCAGUGUUCUCAGAUGCAGGACUGCUCUACUCCUCCAACACCGGGUUUAAAACCCAAACCAGACAAGUCCUGCAGUGUCCAGGCAGUGCCAGAAGGAGGCGCUCUAUUGAACAGUUGCAGCGUAAAGUCCAGCUGGAGAGUCAUUACAAAGAGAAGCUGGAACGUCGCUGCUGUAGGGACGGCCUCAGGGAGAUUCUCAUGCCGUACUCCUGUACACGACGCUCCCUCUACAUCACAGAGGGCUGGGAGUGCAUGCGGGCCUUCCGCUACUGCUGCGCCACUUACAGGAACCAAGUAUUUGACACCCAGAUUCCCACCACCCCACCACCUAUAACCACAGCUCCCCCCACCACCUCCUCUCCAACCUGGCACACUGCAGUACUUGUUGAAAGCUGGGAUUUCCACAUAGAACGGCCACGUUUUCAUGCACGGCUUGGACGGCCUGGAAUGCUUGGACCUGAACUGCACAUACAAGGGAGGGAGUUAGUGUACGAAGAAGAGGAGGAGGAGGAGGAGGAAGAGUGGGAGUACCUGGAUGAGACUCAAGUGUAUCUGCGAUCCAAGUUCUACGAGUCUUGGCUGUGGAUGGAUGUUAAGCUGCCCAUCCAGGCAGAGACAGACGGGUUGGCGUCUAUGAACGUGGCUAAUCCCUUACCUGACAGCAUCACUGAAUGGGGAGUCCUGGCCAUUAGUGCAUCACCCCAUACAGGUUUCUGUGUUGCCGAGCCGUACAAUGUCAGAGCAUGGAAGCGUUUCUUUGUUGACCUGAAGCUGCCAUAUUCAGUGGCGAAGAAUGAACAGGUCGAGAUUAAAGCCGUCAUCCACAACUACGGCUACGACGAACUGCAUGUGAGGGUGGUGUUGAUGAAGACGGAGGGCAUGUGCAGCAUAGCCUUUAAAGACAGACACACACAGGAAGUGACGCUGUCGGCCGGCUCUUCUGUUGUGGUGCCUUACACCAUCGUACCACUGGUGGUGGGGAAAC